CGCUUUGUAGGUGCCGCGUGCGUCUGGGCGCCGGCGCCGGCGAUGGAUCCGGAUCUGGAUGCGGGUUCGACGCGUGCACGCAUCUGCUCGUGCGCGACCACUCCGUCGCGUCCGCGAGCCGCGGAGCGAUCGACGCCGCGUUCAUCGCGAGGUUCAAGCGGUCCGGGAUCCCCGCGGUCGGGACGUCGUUCCUGAGCGCGCUGCGCGAGACGCGAAAAGACGCGUCGGCGCCGCCGCCGGACGCGGCGGCGCAUCCGCCGCCGGCGGGCUGCGACGCGUGGGUGUUCGACGGCGGCGGCGGCGACGCGGGGGAGAACGACGACGACGACGACGGCGGCGGCGGCGGCGACGACGACGCGACGACGGACGGCGGCGACGACGCGAUGAUGAGCCCGGAGAUGGACUCUCGCGGGAGCGACGGGACGACGACGGCGGCGCCGGCGGCGGCGCCGGCGGGUCCUCCGUCGCGCGACGUGUCGCUCGCGGCGGCGACAGCGGCGGCGGCGGAGUGGGGGCGGGAACGGCGGCGCGCGCGCGAAGCGAACGCGCCGGACACGCCGCCGGCGCCACCGCGAGACGAGGCGGCCCCCGCGCCCGCGGCGAAGAAGAAAGAAUACGCCGCGGCGGAGGGCAAGGCGACGGUCGUGCACGAGCCGCUGAUAGUCACGCCGAAGAAGCGCGACGCCGUCGGGGCAUCCGCAGCCGCCGGCGUGAACUUCAAGAAGUUCAAGAAGACGGUCCACGGCGGCGGCGGGGCCGACGCGGCGGCCGCGCGGACGACGGCGACGACGGCGGUGAGACUGCUUCCCAUACGACCCCGUUCGCGUGGUGCACGCCGUUCCUUAAGGACUUUUCCCGUCGUCACUCUUCACCCGCGCUUCCCUUUCAACGUUUGACCGGUAAGACGUUCGACUGA